AAGGCCCACAGGCAACUUUGCAAGGAGCCGCCAAGCUGUUUCCCAAAGUGGCCGCACCGCACCCCUCCGCCGGCGGCCGUUCGCGCGCUCCCCACCCAGCCCUCGCCGGCGGAUGGCACUUCCAGCUUCGUGGGACAUCGUCCCAGACAUAGCAGUUGGUACAAAGCGGGGAUCCGACGAGCUCUUCUCUGCCUGUGUUACUAACGGACCCUUUAUCAUGAGCAGCAACUCGGCUUCUGCAGCAAAUGGGAACGACAGUAAGAAGUUCAAGGGUGACAACAGGAGUGCAGGCGUGCCCUCCAGAGUGAUCCACAUCCGGAAGCUUCCCAGUGACGUCACCGAGGGCGAGGUCAUUUCUCUGGGACUGCCCUUCGGGAAGGUCACCAAUCUCCUGAUGCUGAAAGGGAAAAAUCAGGCUUUCAUCGAGAUGAACACAGAGGAGGCCGCCAACACCAUGGUGAACUACUACACGUCCGUGACCCCUGUGCUGCGCGGCCAGCCCAUCUACAUCCAGUUCUCCAACCACAAGGAGCUCAAGACGGACAGCUCACCCAACCAGGCGCGGGCCCAGGCAGCGCUGCAGGCGGUGAACUCGGUGCAGUCGGGAAACUUGGCCCUGGCCGCCUCGGCUGCCGCGGUGGACGCGGGGAUGGCCAUGGCCGGCCAGAGCCCGGUGCUCCGGAUCAUCGUGGAGAACCUCUUCUACCCGGUGACUUUGGACGUGCUCCACCAGAUCUUCUCCAAGUUUGGCACGGUUCUGAAAAUCAUCACGUUUACCAAGAACAACCAGUUUCAAGCCCUGCUGCAGUACGCCGACCCUGUGAGCGCGCAGCACGCCAAGCUGUCGCUAGACGGGCAGAACAUCUACAACGCCUGCUGUACCCUCCGUAUCGACUUCUCUAAGCUCACCAGCCUCAACGUCAAGUACAACAACGACAAGAGUCGUGACUACACACGCCCUGACCUGCCCUCCGGGGACAGCCAGCCUUCGCUAGACCAGACCAUGGCCGCUGCCUUCGGUGCGCCUGGUAUAAUGUCAGCCUCUCCGUAUGCAGGAGCUGGUUUCCCUCCCACCUUUGCAAUUCCUCAAGCUGCAGGCCUCUCUGUUCCUAACGUGCACGGGGCCCUGGCUCCUCUGGCCAUCCCAUCGGCGGCGGCGGCGGCGGCGGCGGCGGGCCGGAUCGCCAUCCCCGGCCUGGCAGGGGCAGGAAACUCUGUCCUGCUGGUCAGCAACCUCAACCCCGAGAGAGUCACACCCCAAAGCCUCUUUAUUCUUUUCGGCGUGUACGGCGACGUGCAGCGGGUGAAGAUCUUGUUCAACAAGAAGGAGAACGCGCUGGUGCAGAUGGCGGACGGGAGCCAGGCGCAGCUGGCCAUGAGCCACCUCAACGGCCACAAGCUGCACGGGAAGCCGGUGCGCAUCACGCUGUCCAAGCACCAGAACGUGCAGCUGCCCCGCGAGGGCCAGGAGGACCAGGGCCUGACCAAGGACUACGGCAACUCCCCCCUGCACCGCUUCAAGAAGCCCGGCUCCAAGAACUUCCAGAACAUCUUCCCGCCCUCGGCCACCCUGCACCUCUCCAACAUCCCGCCCUCCGUGUCCGAGGACGAUCUGAAGAUCCUCUUUUCCAGCAAUGGCGGGAUCGUCAAGGGGUUCAAGUUCUUCCAGAAGGACCGCAAGAUGGCCCUGAUCCAGAUGGGCUCGGUGGAGGAGGCCAUCCAGGCGCUCAUUGACCUUCACAACCACGACCUGGGCGAGAACCACCACCUGCGGGUGUCCUUCUCCAAGUCCACCAUCUAGGGCCGCCAGGGACCGGCCUGCUGGCGCCUGGCCACAACUUCCAUCAUUCCAGAGAAAAGCCACUUUAAAAAGCAGCUGAAGUGACCUUAAAAGACCAGAGAUUUUAUUUUUUUAAAAGAGAAAUCAGUUUACCUGUUUUUAAAAAAAUUAAAUCUGAUCGACCUUG